AUGUCUCAGCCCACGUCACCCUCUAUACCCGCCUUCUAUCGCAUAUUCUUUACUUAUGUCGACCCCGUAAUCUGCGCCUGGGGUGCGACCAUGGACUUUUUCAUGCCCACCACUGUCCUUUCGUCGCAUAUUCCCUCUCCCACUCCGGACAUUGGUCAUGUUAUGAUCCUGAAGCAGCGCGGCGGUGGUAUGCUAGAUUUCGGCAUCAUAUCUGCUGUUCUACUACGCUACACACAGGAUAUGAACGUUUGGCGCAUUGUCCAGUUGUCUUGCUUCGUCGUCGAUUUGGCAUACUAUUGGGCGGUGUGGGAGGUUCUGGCUAAGCAGAAGAGACUAGACAUGGGGACAUGGAGGGCAGAAGAUUGGGGAAGUAUCGGAAUCACGGCAUUUGCGGGAUUGGUGAGGCUGGCGUUUCUGGCACGAGUGGGAUUUGGUGGAUCUGGGAACAAGGAGGGUAAGAAGAGCUUGUAG